AUGUUGCCUCAGAUCACGUUAGAGUCACCGCUUGCACAGGCAGUUGCAAAUGCCAUCCAGCCGAAGCUUGUUGAGAUGGGCUGGAGCGAUGGCCAAGAAUCGCCAUUAGUCGAGUACAUCGUUCUCAUGCUUGUCAACGGAAAAUCCCAAGAGCAGAUCGCCACAGAACUGUCGAACGACUUCUUAGGCCUCGAUGAAGGCGACACCGCUGCGCUGGAGUUUUCGCGAUGGUUGUUCUCACAGGUUGAGAUGCUGAACCAGCAAAUCAACGGAGGUGCCCCUUCAAACGACAUCAACAUGAACCAGCCUAUUCCUUCACAGAUGGGACAGAAUCCCGAAGCUCAGGCAUUCAUUCCCUCGUUCGGAGAACAGACCAACGGCCAGGAUGCUGAAAUGGGCGAUGCAGGAAAUGAGUUUAUUCCUACCGGACCCAAAGCGAUGCGCAACGGACGCGGCGGUAAAGGUCGAAUGCUCAAUCAAAUCAACCGCACCCUAGACCGUGGCUCGGACGCAGCUCUGCACCGUGUACGCGGACAAGGGCAAGGAAACGGCCGCAUCGGCGGUAACAACCGAGGCAUGAAAGGAUAUCAGAAUGGUCGUGGUGGUCGGAAUAUGGGUCCCAUGGGAAUGCCUGGCAACAUGGGCCAGGGCUCCAUGAUGCAGAUGUCGCCUGAAAACCAGAUGCAGAUCAUGUCUAUGUUAGAAGAACAAGCGCGCGUGAUGUCGCAGUUAAUGCCCGGUUUCGUUCCCCCGGCCGUCAACCCCGCUUUCCAGAAUGGCCAGCAAGGUCGUUCGCUCUUUGAUCGCGUGGAGCGUGGUCACCGUGGAGGAAAUCGCGGAGGAAACCGUGGGUACAACAAGCCCAAGACUACCAAUGGAGGCGAUAUCGAUAUGGAUGCCGAGCAGGACGAAAGCAACCCGAACAGCAUUUGCCGCUUCAAUCUUCGAUGCACGCGUCAGGAUUGCCCGUUCGCACACCAGUCCCCAGCAGCCCCCGAAGGCACUUCCCUGGAUCCGUCCGAUGUUUGCUCAUUCGGUGCUGCUUGCAAGAACAAGAAGUGCACCGGUCGUCACCCUUCACCAGCGGUCCGCUCUGCCCACCAGGCAGAGGCCAUGUGCCGAUUCUUCCCGCAUUGCACCAAUCCCAACUGCCACUUUAAGCAUCCCAGCAUGCCUGUCUGCCGCAAUGGAGCCGACUGCAAGACCGAAGGCUGCAAGUUCACACACAUUGAGACCGCCUGCAAGUUCAACCCAUGUCUCAACCCCAACUGCACCUACAAGCACGCUGAGGGCCAGCGAGGUGCUUUCACCGACAAAGUGUGGACUCCGCGCUCUGGUGAGCAUGUGAGCGAGCGCAAGUUUGUGGGUGAUGUUGAUGGCCCCGAAGAAUUGAUCAAGCCCGAGAACCAAGAAGGUACUCAGAGCCAGGAGCUUACCGCAUGA